GCGGUACAGGCGACUGUGUAGGGGUAGACAGUCAAAUGGGGGAGAGCGCAAAGACACAGGCUGAUAGACCUAUAAACGCACACACGCAUGUGGAUGCAAAAACGGAUCUCUCCCACACAUCUGUAGAUACGCAUGAAGUGUCUUCGAUUGUCGCACACACCCCUAAAACGGUAGACACACGGGUGAGAAGCCCUCCACAAACCAUGGGCACCCCUCCCCCUGCCAUCACCUUACCGCCAGCACACCUGAAGAUAUCGAGCUCUCGGAGCUUGCCAUCCAACUCCGUAGACAACAGGUCCUCCGUUGGAACUGUUAAAACUCUCGACAGUGAUUGGCUGACCGAUAAAAUGGAGACCGACCAUUGGCAGUUGCCAGACGACUUUGUGGUAUACGACAACAAGGUUAAGCCUACACGAGCAAGGACCAGUGGGAGUAAACAGUCAGCACAACACUCCACAGAGUGUGCUACACAUGACUCUGUCGAUCCAAGGGAGAACGAGCCGUAUACUCACAUGCACACUAGCGCGACUGCAUGCGACUCAAGCGAUGUACAUGUACAUAUACCUACCUGUGACAUACCAAUGCACACGAGUGAGUCGGCUGAGCAUGCGCACGGGACAUUACAGCAGGCAGUGGAGAGUCAAGAGUGGGUGAUGGAGCACUCAGACGCACAGACGGGGUGUGUGCGGGAACAGGAAAGGGAUGCAGACGGUUCUAUAAAUAGAAUGCAACGCAGUAGCAGCGCAAGUCUCGGUACCGUUCUGUGUACCGCCAGUCUUACCGGAAAUGGUAAAAAUGCUCACAGUUGCGCUAAAAAUAGUACACGUGGCAGUGGGAGCGGUAGUAGUCGCGGCAGUGCUAAAAAUAGAACACACCAUGACAGUGGUGGCAGCAGUGGUAAACCACACCCACCUACACCAAAACCUCACCCCACACUCCGAUCAUUGCACUCCAAAGUACAACCACAACCACAACCAACACGCACAGAUACACAAACGCCGCCCACACACUCAGACACACACACACACCCAGGUACUAAGCUACAGCAGGUGUUUGGGGACGUGGCACGGCCUGGGGGUGUGCCUAUGACACGCAGCCACAGCCGAGAUCAGAGGGUGGCGCGGCGGAAGGGCACCCGAAGCAAAUGCGAAGAGCGAACACACAACAUAGCCGUACCAUCACUCGCGAAUAGCCUGUCUAACCGGUCACAGGGAUCGGUGGUACCGAACCAGUCCACCUCGUCACUGCGUAUGGUAGGGGCACCCUCCGCCAGUGAGACGCGGGAUGGUGUACAGGGGUUGGAUUGUUUGCCACAUAUCCAGCGUGCAGGUUCAUCGCCCACGGGCAGCCAGAUUGAACGCACCGAACACCCGGCUCAGCCGUGGGUGUGUGCGAGUCUUCACAGCUCACACCACUCACUGCCGGCAGGUCGCUCUGGCCAGUCUGUGAACCAAGCACAAUACCUGCGACAGCCCCAUAGCCCACCCAGCAGCCAACAUGCACCGUCGCACUCGGCGCCUUGGCACACUCAGGGACGGGUUGGACAGGGCUCGGGUAGUGGAGGGAAGUCACGGACGAAGACAAACAGCCCACACAGGUGUGGACAUGCGGGUGCUAACACCCAGCCAGCGAAGAGAACUACCGAACUUUCUCUGGAGGGUCUGGAUAACACGCGACUGUCACCCCCGCAUGCGCCGGGGAGACCCAAAGCCAAAUCGUCCACCCCAUCUGCGUCCUUUGUGGAGUGGAGUCCGAUCCUCCCGAAAAACUCGAGCAAACGAGUGCACGCCAGUGAUGGUGCCACUAAGCCCAUCAACGAUAUGCCGAUUAUGUCCACCGUUGCACGUCCCGUUGUCCGUUCGGCUGUCACCCAGCCUGAGCCUCAAACCCUGAUAAAACCCGGUUUGCCAAUGAAAAAACCUAGGUUUCCCAUCACAGCCACGCCGAGUGGUGUUGUUGUGGAGACACCGACUGUUCGAGCCACGGCCGUUGUGGACAUGACGCCAAUGCUGAAAUCGCUCAACAUAUCACGUGAUAAAGUAGCCCACACAUCCCGCAAUUCGUCCCGUAAUACAUCUGCGGAGCCACCACCCCGCACAUGA